AUGCCCAUUCAGGAGUCUCAGGAGGCCCUGCCUUGGCUCUUGUCCUCCUGCAGAGCUGUCUGGGGAGAUGGUGAUGCUGCACUGCCGACCCAGGAAAUUGAGGUGGUCCUGGGCAGCUGCUUCCUGAAGACUCACCACUGGAUCCCGAGGGACGACGCCUUCUCUGGAUGCCCCAGUGUCAGCAAGACAGAGCAGGGCCGCCGUGGUCAGGCCUUUGUGGUGAAGAAGGAGGGAUCCUGUGGUGUCCGCCUCUCUACCAAUGGCAGCCAUGCCCUGUACUCUCUGGAGGUGCAGCUCCUGCAGGUUUCCCCUAGCCCCAUUGCUACUGACUCCAGGACGAUCCACUUCAGCUGCACGUACCCCCUGAUGGUGAAUGUCAGCCAGACCCACCCCCAGCCAGUGGUCUCCUUCCUAUAUAGCACCAUCCACGUGCCAGGCACUGGGGACACCAUUGUUACCCUGGGCAUCUUCACGGACCCUCAGCUCUCGUCUCCGCUUGAGAACAAAAGAGCUCCCCUUAGCAUGCCGCUCUAUGUGGUCCUCAGAGCCACAAGCAGCAAUCCAGACAGAUUUGCCCUGGUGGUCAAUGAGGUCUUUCUCAGCUCUGACAUUUCCCAGAUGGAUGCUGUUAAGACCACCUACCACUUUGUAAACAAGAGCUGCCCAGUCAGCCACCGGCUGCUCGAGGGCCUGCGGGGCAACGGGGCCUCUCUGGAGGUGACGCUGGCCUUCAAACUGUUCUGCUUCCUGACCAGCGAUACGCUCUACCUGCAAGGCCGGGUGACCCUGUGUGACAAGCAGGAGCGGCGCCUGUGCCAACCGUCUUGUAGUCGGAAGAGCACCCCGGGGAGGAAUCGAGCGUGGGAGAUCCGAGUGCGGGAGAGCCUAGAGGGUGGCGACGGCUGGUUGGUGUUUGGACCCAUCCGAAUAAGCGAAUCCAAUGCUUCCAGCAGCAGGAGCCCAGCAGGAGCCUGGAUGGCCAUCUUUCUCCUGUUGGUGACAGGCUGGAUGCUGGGAUAAAGUCCUGCUCAGAUGCUGGGAUAAAGUCCUCUAGAACCAGAGAGGUUGGGAGUGAAGAUGGGAUGGACGGUGUGACCCAACUAAGGAGUGGUGACUGCUGAGCCUCUGGCUGCGCUUCCUUAUUCCACCUUCUCUUUCCACCUCUGGAACUCAGCUCUGUUGAUUCCAUGGGGAAGACUGGGCUGCUCAUUGGGUGGGAGGGGCCAGAAGGUAUGGCCAAUAAACAGCAGGAAAUUCUGCUACUUUA